UUUAUUUUAUUUUUUAUUUAAACUUUCAAUACAUUACUGUGCAGUAUAAUUAUUAUUGUUGCUAAGUUUUUUAAAAUAACAUAUUGUCAUAUGUGAGUGAAAGAGCGAGAGAGAGAAAUUUUUAUUGUAUGUAAAAUGAGAUAAUUCAAAAAGGUCGUGGAUUAGCUCAUAAUUUUAUUACAGCAUCUCUGUUGGUGGUGAUUCCCAUCAGAUAAAGUAAAUUAUCAAAAUGAAUCAGGAAUUUCCAGGACAACAUGUCACAACAACGACAACUACAACAAGUUCAUCGACAUUUCAACGAAGUCUUAGAUUUGAUCCUUCAUAUUUUAGGACAAUGCCUGGAAUAUUAAAAAUUAUACAAAUGGUAUUAGAUAUUCUGGGAUUUAUAUGCAUAGCAGUGUCGAAUUACGCUCAAUUAAGUAGAGGAGCAUGGUUCAAUACAGUUGCGAUGGUCGGAUUUUGGUGCACUGGAAUACUUUUAGCUUCUUACGUGUUCCAUGUAAUUGAGAAACUUUACAAGAUCCCGUGGCUCACUAUUGAAUUUUUUUACUGCGGAAUAAUGACUGCAUGCUACUUGCUGGCUGCAUCUCUGGCUGCUGAUUACGCUCAUGCCAAUGAAGGAUUUGGCGCUGCGGCCUUUUUCGGAUUCUGCGCCAUGGUAUGCUAUGGGUAUGACACCUGGCUCAAAUUCAAAGCACGUCGAAGUGGAGUUCCUCCUCAAGGUCAACAUGACGUCACGAAACAAGUAUCGACAGUAACAAGUCCAGCUUAUUAAUUUUUAAUUUAAUAAAAGAAAAAAAAAUUAAAUAAUAAAUUAUUUAAUUAAUUUAUUAAGAAUCGGCGGUAAAAAUAAUUGAUUUAAUUAAGUUCAUCAUACUCCCAACGAUCUAUAUAUAUACAUAUAUAAUACCUACCUCUAUCUAUUGAAACAUUACAUAAUCAACUUAAUCAAGUAUUUAAUAAUUACAUGGUUAUUGUUAAUGUUAAUUGUUAAUUGCAUUAACUGUUGAUUGAUAAUUAUAAAUUAUAGCAGUUGCUUUUAUGAAAUUUUAUUUCGCGUGCUGUUAAUAAUUGGUAAGAAAAAUUUUAAACUAGAUUUAUAUAAAAAAUUAAUUGACAGUUAAUUAGUGAAAAAUAUUUAUGAUUAAAAAAGCAAGUAUUUAAAAUAAUAUUUAUUAAACACUAUGUACAUAUUUUUAUACUUUUAUGUACACAAAUUUAUUUUAUUAUAUAAAUCUGUAACUGAGCACGCGCUUCAUUAAAUAUUUAAAUAAUCUAUAAUUAUUAACGACAAUACUUGCUUAAUUUAAUAUGAUAUUAUUUUUCUGUAAUUUAUUUUUUAUAAAAUUGUGUAUAGUUAUAGAUUACUAGAGGUAUUGUAUGAUUAUUUACACAUUAAUCAUUGUUAUCAUUUGUCAUAUUGUUUGUUCAUCUCGUUCUCGUUAAUCGAUUCAAAAGUAUUAAAAAAAAAAAAUAUAUAUAUAUAUAUAAAAGUAAUAUAUAUCAAACGUUAACAUUUACUUGUUUUAAAUAUUUUCGAGUCUUCUUUUUUUAUAAGUAAUUAUAAUUCCAAUCUUUAAUCAACUGCAAUCAAUUUAAUUUAAUUUAAUUUAAUCAAUUUCAAUCAAUAAUUUACUCAAAAAAGAAUUUUUUUCAAUUUUCGGUUUUUAUAAAUUUAUAUUUUUUUUUAUCGCGCAUUGUGAUGCGCAGCUUUUCAGCUUGAUUAUUAAAUUAAUUUAUAUAGUUUGAAGUAUAAAAAAAAAAAAAUAAAUGCACUGUAUACCCACCUGUGUGUUAGAAAGCUAAUAGAAAAAUCUAUUUACAAUGAAAUGUACGUCUUAUAUUUUUUUCGCGUACUAUUUACGUACAGCGAUUAUAAUGGACCAAAAGAUUUUGCCAGAAUCGUUCAGAUAAAUCCAAGCAAUACGUGCAGUAUACUAAUUAUAUGUAUAUUGAUUGAUAAUAAUUGUGAAUACACACAACGAUAAUGUAAUUAUAAUAAUACAAUAAAUAAAUAAUUAUAUUGUCA